AUGCACGAGCCAGCGGGGCUGGCAAGCUCCGGGGUUCUCCGCCGGAUUGGGGCAUCUUCCAUCCCGGAGUCGCCCGUGCCCCGGAAAGCAUCCUUUGACGCUCAGCUGAGUGUGCGGUGCUUUUUUGUGCUCGUCUGGCUGUCGCUCUUGUCCCGAGAUGACCGAUCCUGUGCGCGCACCGACGAGCAGGUUCUUGACCUUGACCCAAGGCACACGCCGAUGGCUUCCCUGCGGUAUUGGAACGCCGGCCAAGCCAUCGGCCCAGUCGCCGCCGAGCUGAACAAAGCGUCUCCAGGAGAGCCGGGACUUGGGCUCAGUCGGGACAGCCGCGAGGGACUGCGUCUUGUAUAG